GAGCCGCCUCCGCGCAAGGGGGCCCGGCCACUCGGAGCAGCUCCGCCGCGGGGACUGCACCACCCGCCCUGCCGGACCCGCCCCGACCGGGGCUCGCCGCCUGCAACAGCCGCAGCACCGCGACCUCGGGCCCUGCGCGGGCCAUGGCUGUGCCCUAGGGCUGAGCGCGCAGGCUGUGUGACCGAGAUUCCCUGCGAGAGAGACUGAGGAGAGGACAGAAAGGAGGGGCGGGCUCCUGGCAAGGCAUUCGCUCCUGAACAGAGUCCUGCUAAAGAUGGAGAAGGAGGAGGAGACGACCCGGGAGCUGUUGCUGCCCAACUGGCAGGGCAGCGGCUCCCAUGGGCUGACCAUUGCCCAGAGGGACGACGGCGUAUUUGUGCAGGAAGUGAUGCAGAAUUCCCCUGCGGCCCGCACUGGGGUGGUCAAGGAGGGGGACCAGAUUGUGGGUGCCACCAUCUACUUUGACAACCUGCAGUCGGGCGAAGUGACCCAGCUGCUGAGCACCAUGGGGCACCACACCGUGGGUCUGAAGCUGCACCGUAAGGGGGACCGCUCCCCUGAGCCUGGCCAGACCUUCACCCACGAAGUCUUUAGCUCCCACAGCUCCGAAGUGGUUCUGAGCGGGGAUGAUGAGGAGUACCGGCGUAUCUAUACCACGAAGAUCAAGCCUCGGCUGAAGUCAGAGGAUGGAGUGGAAGUGGACCCUGGGGAGACCCAGAGCCGUACCAUCACGGUGACUAGAAGGGUCACGGCCUACACUGUGGAUGUGACAGGCCGGGAAGGAGCCAAAGACAUUGACAUCAGCAGCCCAGAGUUCAAGCUCAAGAUUCCACGGCAUGAACUGACUGAAAUCUCCACUGUGGAUGUGGAGACUCAGCCUGGGAAGACUGUGAUCAGACUGCCCUCGGGCUCGGGGACAGUGUCUCCAACCACAGGCUCUGCUGUGGACAUCCGAGCAGGGUCCAUUUCUGUUCCAGGACCAGAGCUCCAAGGUGCUGGCCACUCAAAGCUCCAGGUCACCAUGCCUGGGAAAAAGGUGGGAAGCUGGGGCGUCAAUGUUAGUGCAAAGGGCUUGGACUUGGGUGGCAAAGGUGGGGUCCAAGUUCCAGGAGUGGACAUUUCAUCUUCUCUUGGGGGUGGGGCCGUAGAGUUGCAGGGCCCAUCUCACGAGAGUGACAAUAAUGGGAAAAUUAAAAUGCCCACCAUGAAGAUGCCAAAAUUUGGUGUCUCAAUAGGACCUGAGGGCCAGGCACCAGAGGCAGGGUUGAAUGUGUUUGCACCUGAAUUCUCUGUGGGGCACAAGGGCAGUAAGCCAGGCAUGACCAUUGGCGGGAACAUCCAGACCCCUCAGCUAGAGGUCAGGGCUCCCUCUGCCAAUAUUGAGGGCCUUAGGGGGAAGCUGAAGGGCCCCCAAAUCACUGGGCCAUCACUUGAGGGAGACCUAGGCCUGAAAGGUGCCACGCCACAGGGGAGUAUGGGGAUGGACAUCUCUGCUUCUCAAAUCAAGGGCCCCAGUGUGGAAGGUCGAGCCCCUGACAUUGAUAUUCAUGGGACUGGGGGCAAACUAAACAUGCCCAAGAUGCAAGUCCCGAAAUUCUCUGUAUCGGGUUCUAAGGGAGAGGGAGCCAGCAUUGAUGUGACACUGCCCACAGGUGAAGUGACUCUUCCUGGGAUCUCUGGGGACAUCAGCCUGCCCAAGGUUGCUACUGGGGGGCUGGAAGGGAAGGGGAAGGGUACUAAAGUCAAGAGUCCUGAAAUGGUUAUUCAGAAACCUAAAAUCUCCAUGCAGGAUGUGGAUCUGAGCCUUGGGUCCUCCAAACUGAAAGGAGAUAUUAAAGUUUCUGCUCCGGGAAUGCAAGGUGAUGUUAAAGGCCCUCAAGUGGCAGUUAAAGGAUCCAAAGUGGACAUAGAAACACCCAGCCUGGAGGGGACCCUGGCAGGCCCCAAGCUGAGUGGUCCUUCUGGGAAAAUAGGAGCUUGCAGUAUUUCUAUGGCAGAUGUAGAUUUAAAUGCGGCUGCACCUAAAGUGAAAGGGGGUGUAGAUGUCACACUCCCAAAAGUAGAAGGGAAAGUCAAAGUCCCUGAAGUUGAUGUCAAAGGCCCCAAACUGGAUAUCAGUGCCCCAGAUGUGGAAGUUCAUGGCCCAGAAUGGAACCUGAAAAUGCCCAAGAUGAAAAUGCCCAAGUUCAGCAUUCCAGGAGUCAAAGGGGAAGGCCCAGAUGUAGAUGUGAAUCUACCCAAAGGAGAUGUCACUAUUUCAGGGCCCAAGGUCAACGUGGAAGCCCCAAACAUCAACAUCGGAGGCCUGGAGGGCAAACUUAAAGGCCCUGAUACUAAGAUGCCUGAAGUGAAUGUCAAGACACCAAAGAUCUCCAUGCCUGAUGUAGACCUGAAUGUUAAAGUCCCAAAGAUGAAAGGAGAGUAUGAUGUAACUGUUCCAAGACUUGAAGGAGAGCUGAAAGGUCCUCAGAUGGACAUUAAUGCCCCAGAUGUGGAUGUUCACAGCCCAGACUGGCAUCUGAAGAUGCCCAAGAUGAAAAUGCCCAAAUUUAGUGUGCCAGGGUUCAAAGCAGAGGGCCCGGAGGUGGAUGUGAACCUGCCCAAGCCUGAUGUGGACAUUUCAGGGCCCAAGGUAGAUGUUAGUACUCCGGACAUGAGAAUUGAGGGACCAGAAGGAAAAUUAAAAGGACCCAAGUUUAAGAUGCCUGAGAUGAAUAUCAAAGCCCCAAAGAUCUCUAUGCCAGAUGUGGACUUACAUUUGAAAGGCCCUAAUGUAAAAGGAGAAUACGAUGUCACUGCACCAAAGGUUGAAGGUGAGAUUAAAGUUCCUGAUGUUGAACUUAAAAGUGCCAAAGUGGACAUUGAUGCCCCAGAUGUGGACGUUCAUGGCCCAGACUGGCACCUGAAGAUGCCCAAGGUGAAAAUGCCCAAGUUCAGCAUGCCUGGCUUCAAAGCAGAGGGCCCAGAAGUGGAUGUGAACUUGCCAAAGGCUGGUGUUGACCUCUCAGGACCCCAAGUGGAUGUGGAAGUUCCAGAUGUGAGCCUUGAGGGACCUGAAGGAAAGCUGAAGAGUCCCAAGUUUAAGAUGCCUGAGAUGAAUAUUAAAGGCCCAAAGAUCUCCAUGCCUGAUGUGGAUUUGCAUAUGAAAGGCCCCAAGGUAAAAGGAGAAUAUGAUGUUACAGUGCCAAAGCUGGAAGGUGACAUGAAAGGGCCAAAAGUACACAUCAGUGCCCCAGAUGUUGAAGUUCAGGGUUCUGAUUGGAACCUAAAGAUGCCCAAGAUGAAAAUGCCCAAAUUUACCAUGCCCAGCCUCAAAGGAGAGGGGCCAGAAUUGGAUGUGAAACUGCCCAAGGCUGAUGUGGACAUUUCUGCACCCAAAGUAGAUAUUAAUGCCCCAGAUCUGAGCCUCGAAGGACCUGAAGGGAAGUUGAAAGGCCCCAAGUUUAAGAUGCCUGAGAUGCACUUCAAAGCUCCUAAGAUGACUCUGCCAGAUGUUGACCUCAAUCUUAAAGGACCCAAAAUGAAAGGAAAUGUAGAUAUGUCAGCACCCAAAAUAGAAGGUGAAAUGAAAGUUCCAGACAUGGACAUCAAAGGCCCCCAGGUGGACAUUACAGCACCAGAUGUAGAAGUACAAGGUGGAGACUGGAGCCUCAAAAUGCCCAAGAUGAAAAUGCCUAAAUUCAGCAUGCCUAGUUUCAAAGGUGAGGGCCCAGAUGUGGAUGUGAACCUGCCCAAGGCUGACAUUGACAUCUCCGGACCCAAGGUUGACAUUGAAGCCCCAGAUGUGAGCCUUGAGGGACCAGAAGGAAAGCUGAAGGGUCCCAAGUUUAAGAUGCCUGAGAUGCACUUCAAGGCCCCCAAGAUCUCCAUGCCUGAUGUGGACUUACACUUGAGAGGCCCCAAAGUCAAAGGGGACGUGGAUGUGUCUGUGCCCAAGAUAGAAGGUGAAAUGAAAGUGCCAGAUGUGGACAUCAAAGGACCCAAAGUGGGUGUCGAUGUCCCAGAUGUGGAUGUUCACGGCCCAGACUGGAACUUGAAAAUGCCCAAGAUGAAAAUGCCCAAGUUCAGCAUGCCCGGCUUCAAAGCAGAGGGCCCAGAAGUGGAUGUGAACCUGCCCAAGGCUGACAUUGACAUCUCCGGACCCAAGGUUGACAUUGAAGCCCCAGAUGUGAGCCUUGAGGGACCAGAAGGAAAGCUGAAGGGUCCCAAGUUUAAGAUGCCUGAGAUGCACUUCAAGGCCCCCAAGAUCUCCAUGCCUGAUGUGGAUUUACACUUGAGAGGCCCCAAAGUCAAAGGGGACGUGGAUGUGUCUGUGCCCAAGAUAGAAGGUGAAAUGAAAGUGCCAGAUGUGGACAUCAAAGGACCCAAAGUUGACAUUAAUGCCCCAGAUGUGGAUGUUCACGGCCCAGACUGGAACUUGAAAAUGCCCAAGAUGAAAAUGCCUAAGUUCAGCGUGCCCGGCUUCAAAGCAGAGGGCCCAGAAGUGGAUGUGAACCUGCCCAAGGCUGACGUUGACAUCUCCGGACCCAAGGUUGACAUUGAAGCUCCAGAUGUGAGCCUUGAGGGGCCAGAAGGAAAGCUGAAGGGUCCCAAGUUUAAGAUGCCUGAGAUGCACUUCAAGGCCCCCAAGAUCUCCAUGCCUGAUGUGAACCUAAAUCUUAAGGGGCCAAAACUAAAGGGAGAUGCAGAUAUGUCUUUGCCUGAUGUAGAAGGUGAAAUAAAAGUGCCAGAUGUCGACCUUAAAGGGCCCAAAGUUGACAUCAAUGCUCCAGAUGUGGACGUUCAUGGGCCAGACUGGCACCUGAAGAUGCCCAAGGUGAAAAUGCCCAAGUUCAGCAUGCCUGGCUUCAAGGGAGAGGGCCCAGCAGUGGAUGUGAACCUGCCCAAGGCCGACAUUGAUGUCGCAGGACCCAAUGUGGACAUUAACGUUCCAGAUGUGAAUAUUGAAGGUCCAGAUGCCAAACUAAAAGGACCUAAAUUUAAGAUGCCAGAAAUGAAUAUAAAGCCUCAGAAGAUAUCCAUGCCAGAUGUUGGUUUGCAUUUGAAAGGUCCUAAAAUGAAAGGAGAUUAUGAUGUGACAGUCCCAAAAGUAGAAGGAGAGUUAAAAGCUCCGGAUGUCAACCUCAAAGGUCCCAAAGUGGACGUUAAUGUACCAGAUGUGGGAGUUCAUGGCCCAGACUGGCACCUGAAGAUGCCCAAGGUGAAAAUGCCCAAGUUCAGCAUGCCUGGCUUUAAAGGAGAGGGCCCAGACGUGGAUGUGAACCUGCCCAAGGCUGACAUUAAUGUCUCUGGACCCAAAGUGGACAUUGAUGCUCCAGAUGUGACUAUUGAAGGUCCAGAAGGGAAACUAAAGGGUCCCAAGUUCAAGAUGCCAAGCAUGAAUAUACAGACACACAAAAUCUCUAUGCCUGAUGUUGGACUUAAUCUGAAAGCCCCUAAACUGAAAACUGAUGUAGAUGUUUCCCUUCCUAAAGUGGAAGGAGACUUGAAAAUUCCUGAAAUAGAUGUUAAAGCCCCUAAGGUGGAUUUGGAUGUUGGUGACAUUGAUGUUGAAUGUCCAGAAGGAAAGGUGAAAGGUCCCAAAUUUAAGAUGCCAGACAUGCACUUCAAGGCCCCCAAAAUCUCCAUGCCUGAUGUGGACUUACACUUGAAAGGCCCCAAAGUCAAAGGGGACGUGGAUGUGUCUGUGCCCAAGAUAGAAGGUGAAAUGAAAGUGCCAGAUGUGGACAUCAAAGGACCCAAAGUGGGUGUCGAUGUCCCAGAUGUGGACGUUCAUGGCCCAGACUGGCACCUGAAAAUGCCCAAAGUGAAAAUGCCCAAGUUCAGCAUGCCCGGCUUCAAAGGAGAGGGCCCAGACGUGGAUGUGAACUUGCCCAAGGCUGACAUUAAUGUUUCUGGCCCCAAAGUAGACAUUGAGGCUCCUGAUUUAGACAUUGAGGGACCAGAAGGAAAAUUAAAAGGCUCUAAGUUUAAGAUGCCUAAAUUGAACAUCAAAUCUUCCAAGAUAUCCAUGCCAAAUGUGGACUUGAAUUUGAAGGGACCCAAACUGAAAGGAGAGAUAGAUACCUCUGUGCCAGAACUAGAAGGUGAUCUCAGAGGUCCACAAGUUGAUAUCAAAGGUCCCAGUGUGGAUGUGGAGGUGCCUGAUGUUGACCUGGAAUGUCCUGAUGCCAAGUUCAAAGGCCCCAAGUUUAAGAUGCCAGACAUGCACUUCAAGGCCCCCAAGAUCUCCAUGCCUGAUGUGGACUUACACUUGAGAGGCCCCAAAGUCAAAGGGGACGUGGAUGUGUCUGUGCCCAAGAUAGAAGGUGAAAUGAAAGUGCCAGAUGUGGACAUCAAAGGACCCAAAGUGGGUGUCGAUGUCCCAGAUGUGGAUGUUCACGGCCCAGAUUGGAACUUGAAAAUGCCCAAGAUGAAAAUGCCCAAGUUCAGCGUGCCAGGCUUGAAAGCAGAGGGCCCAGAAAUGGAUGUGAACCUGCCCAAGGCUGACAUCGACAUCUCUGGAGCCAAGGUUGACAUUGAAGCCCCAGAUGUGAGCCUUGAGGUACCGGAAGGAAAGCUGAAGGGCCCCAAGUUUAAGAUGCCAGACAUGCACUUCAAGGCCCCCAAGAUCUCCAUGCCUGAUGUGGAUUUACACUUGAGAAGCCCCAAAGUCAAAGGGGAUGUGGAUGCGUCUGUGCCAAAGUUGGAGGGAGAUUUGAAGGGUCCCAGUGUGGAUGUGGAGGUGCCUGACGUUGACCUGGAAUGUCCCGAUGCCAAGUUCAAAGGCCCCAAGUUUAAGAUGCCAGACAUGCACUUCAAGGCCCCCAAGAUCUCCAUGCCUGAUGUGGACUUACACUUGAGAGGACCCAAAGUCAAAGGGGACGUGGAUGUGUCUGUGCCCAAGAUAGAAGGUGAAAUGAAAGUGCCAGAUGUUGACAUCAAAGGCCCCAAAGUGGGCAUUGAUGCCCCAGAUGUGGACGUUCAUGGCCCAGACUGGCACUUGAAGAUGCCCAAGAUGAAAAUGCCCAAGUUCAGCAUGCCUGGCUUCAAAGGAGAGGGCCCAGAAGUGGAUGUCCACCUGCCCAAGGCUGAUAUUGAUGUCUCAGGACCCAAAGUUGACAUUGAAGCCCCAAAUAUGAGCAUUGAGGGUCCAGAGGGAAAAAUCAAGGGUCCUAAUUUAAAGAUGCCAGAGAUGAAUAUCAAAGCCCCAAAGAUCUCCAUGCCAGAUGUGGACUUACAUUUGAAAGGUCCUAAGGUCAAAGGAGAUGUAGACGUUUCCCUGCCUAAGGUGGCAGGUGACCUCAAAGGCCCCAAAGUGGACAUUGAUGUCCCAGAUGUGGACGUUCAUGGCCCAGACUGGCACCUGAAGAUGCCCAAGGUGAAAAUGCCCAAGUUCAGCAUGCCUGGCUUCAAAGGAGAGGGCCCAGACGUGGAUGUGAACCUGCCGAAGGCUGACAUUGAUGUUUCAGGACCCAAGGUGGACAUUGAAGGCCCUAAUGUUAACAUUGAAGGACCUGAGGGGAAAUUGAAAGGUCCUAAGUUCAAGAUGCCAGAGAUGAACAUCAAAGCCCCCAAGAUCUCCAUGCCCGACUUUGAUCUGCACCUGAAAGGUCCCAAGGUAAAGGGUGAUAUGGAUGUUUCUCUGCCUAAAGUGGAAGGUGACCUGAAAGGCCCUGAAGUUGACAUCAAAGGGCCCAAAGUGGACUUUGAUGCCCCAGAUGUGGAUGUUCAUGGCCCAGACUGGCACCUGAAGAUGCCCAAGGUGAAAAUGCCCAAGUUCAGCAUGCCCGGCUUCAAAGGAGAGGGCCCAGAAGUGGAUGUGAACCUGCCCAAGGCCGACAUUGAUGUCUCAGGACCCAAAGUGGACCUUGAAUGUCCUGAUGUGAAUAUUGAAGGAUCUGAAGGAAAGUGGAAAAGUCCAAAGUUUAAAAUGCCUGAGAUGCAUUUUAAGACUCCAAAGAUAUCCAUGCCAGAUAUUGAUCUUAAUCUAACAGGUCCAAAACUGAAAGGAGAUAUGGAUAUCACAGGUCCCAAAGUGGAGAGUGAUCUGAAGGGCCCUGAGAUUGACCUCAAAGGCCCCAAAGUGGACAUUAAUGCCCCAGAUGUGGACGUUCAUGGCCCAGACUGGCACCUGAAGAUGCCCAAGAUGAAAAUGCCCAAGUUCAGCAUGCCUGGUUUCAAAGGAGAGGGCCCAGAAGUGGAUGUGAACCUGCCCAAGGCCGACAUUGAUGUCUCAGGACCCAAGAUGGACAUUGAAGGCCCUGAUGUUAAUAUUGAAGGACCAGAUGGAAAGUUGAAAGGUCCUAAGUUCAAGAUGCCAGAGAUGAACAUCAAAGCCCCCAAGAUCUCCAUGCCUGACUUGGAUUUGCACCUGAAAGGUCCCAAGGUAAAGGGCGAUGUGGACGUUUCUCUGCCUAAAGUGGAAGGUGACCUGAAAGGCCCUGAAGUUGACAUCAAAGGGCCCAAAGUGGACAUUGAUGCCCCAGAUGUAGAUGUUCAUGGCCCAGACUGGCACUUGAAGAUGCCUAAGGUGAAAAUGCCCAAGUUCAGCAUGCCUGGCUUCAAAGGAGAGGGCCCCGAGGUGGAUGUGAACCUGCCCAAGGCUGACAUUGAUGUCUCAGGACCCAAGCUGGACAUUGAAGGCCCUGAUGUUAAUAUUGAAGGACCAGAUGGAAAGUUGAAAGGUCCUAAGUUCAAGAUGCCAGAGAUGAACAUCAAAGCCCCCAAGAUCUCCAUGCCUGACUUUGAUCUGCACCUGAAGGGCCCCAAAGUGAAGGGUGAUGUGGAUGUGUCUUUACCAAAAGUGGAAGGUGAGAUUAAAGUUCCUGAAGUUGACAUCAAAGGGCCCAAAGUGGACAUUGAUGCCCCAGAUGUAGAUGUUCAUGGCCCAGACUGGCACUUGAAGAUGCCCAAGGUGAAAAUGCCCAAGUUCAGCAUGCCUGGCUUCAAAGGAGAGGGCCCCGACGUGGAUGUGAACCUGCCCAAGGCCGACAUUGAUGUCUCAGGACCCAAAGUGGACCUUGAAUGUCCUGAUGUGAAUAUUGAAGGACCUGAAGGAAAGUGGAAAAGUCCAAAGUUUAAGAUGCCAGAGAUGAACAUUAAAGCUCCUAAGAUAUCAAUGCCAGAUUUGGACCUUAACCUUAAAGGCCCUAAAAUGAAAGGAGAAGGGGAUGUUUCACUUCCAAAUGUAGAAGGUGGUUUGAAAGGGCCUACUCUUGACAUCAAGGGCCCGAAGAUAGAUUUAGAGGCUCCAGAUAUUGACAUUCAUGGCCCAGAAGGCAAAUUAAAAGGUCCAAAACUGAAGAUGCCUGACACGCAUGUAAACAUGCCCAAGAUCUCCAUGCCAGAAAUUGACUUGAAUUUGAAAGGCUCAAAGCUUAAGGGAGAUGUUGAUGUUUCUGGGCCCAAAUUGGAAGGUGACAUUAAAGCUCCCAAGUUGGAUGUAAAGGGUCCAGAAGUGGACAUUUCUGGACCUAAGCUCAAUAUUGAAGGCAAGUCAAAGAAAUCUCGUUUUAAGCUUCCCAAAUUUAAUUUUUCAGGCUCCAAAGUUCAGACACCUGAGGUGGAUGUCAAAGUUAAAAAGCCAGAUAUUGAUGUAACAGGCCCCAAAAUUGAUGUCAAUGCUCCUGAUAUUGAGGUCCAAGGAAAAGUGAAAGGAUCCAAGUUCAAAAUGCCUUUCCUGAGCAUUUCGUCUCCUAAAGUUUCUAUGCCUGAUGUGGAGUUAAAUCUGAAAGGUCCUAAAGUCAAAGGAGACUUAGAUGUUGCAGGUCCUAAUUUAGAAGGUGACUUUAAAGGACCCAAAGUGGAUAUUCAGGCACCAGAAGUACAUCUUGAUGCACCUAAUGUGGACGUUCAUGGUCCAGACUGGAAUUUGAAAAUGCCCAAGAUGAAAAUGCCCAAGUUUGGUGUGCCUGGCUUAAAAGCAGAAGGGCCAGAUGUGGCUGUGGACCUGCCACAAGGUGAUCUCAACAUACAGGGUCCCAGAAUGGACAUUGAGGGCCCAGAAGUCAAUGUGGAAGGUCUAGAAGGAGGCAUAAAAGGUCCCAAAUUCAAGAUGCCUGACAUGAAUAUCAAAGCUCCCAAGAUCUCUAUGCCUGACAUUGAUUUAAACCUAAAGGGCCCCAAAGUAAAAGGUGAUGUGGCUGUUUCUCAGCCCAGAAUUGAAGGGGAUCUGAAAGGGCCAGAGGUUGAUAUCAAAGGGCCCAAAGUGGACAUUGAUGUCCCAGAUGUGGACGUUCAUGGCCCAGACUGGCAUUUGAAGAUGCCCAAGGUGAAAAUGCCCAAGUUUAGCAUGCCGGGCUUCAAAGGAGAGGGCCCAGACGUGGAUGUUACCCUCCCUAAAGCUGACAUUGAUAUUUCUGGCCCCAAAGUGGACAUUGAUGCCCCAGAUGUGAACAUUGAAGGUCCAGAUGCAAAACUGAAGGGCCCCAAGUUCAAGAUGCCUGAGAUGAACAUCAAAGCUCCCAAAAUCUCCAUGCCUGAUUUUGAUUUGAACCUGAAAGGUCCCAAAAUAAAGGGCGAUGUGGACGUGUCUUUGCCAAAAGUGGAAGGUGACCUAAAGGGCCCCAAAGUGGACAUUGAAACUCCUGAUAUUAACAUUGAAGGCCCAGAGGGGAAAUUGAAGGGGUCCAAAUUCAAGAUGCCAGAGAUGCACAUAAAGGCCCCCAAGAUCUCCAUGCCUGACAUUGAUUUAAACCUGAAGGGCCCCAAGGUGAAGGGCGAUGUGGACGUUUCUCUGCCUAAAGUGGAAGGUGACCUGAAAGGCCCUGAGAUUGAUAUCAAAAGUCCAAAAGUGGACAUUAAUGCCCCUGAUGUGGACGUUCAUGGCCCAGACUGGCACCUGAAGAUGCCCAAGGUGAAAAUGCCCAAGUUCAGCAUGCCUGGCUUCAAAGGAGAGGGCCCCGAGGUGGAUGUGAACCUGCCCAAGGCGGACAUUGAUGUCUCAGGACCCAAGGUGGACAUUGAAGGCCCUGAUGUUAACAUUGAAGGACCUGAGGGGAAGUUGAAAGGUCCUAAGUUCAAGAUGCCAGAGAUGAACAUCAAAGCCCCCAAGAUCUCCAUGCCUGACUUGGAUUUGCACCUGAAAGGUCCUAAGGUCAAAGGUGAUGUGGAUGUUUCUCUGCCUAAAGUGGAAGGUGACCUGAAAUGCCCUGAAGUUGACAUCAAAGGGCCCAAAGUGGACAUUGAUGCCCCAGAUGUAGAUGUUCACGGCCCAGACUGGCACCUGAAGAUGCCUAAGAUAAAAAUGCCCAAGUUCAGCAUGCCUGGCUUCAAAGGAGAGGGCCCCGACGUGGAUGUGAACCUGCCCAAGGCUGACAUUGAUGUCUCAGGACCCAAAGUAGAUGUUGAAGUUCCAGAUGUGAAUAUUGAAGGCCCAGAUGCAAAACUGAAGGGCCCCAAGUUCAAGAUGCCUGAGAUGAACAUCAAAGCCCCCAAGAUCUCUAUGCCUGACUUUGAUUUGCACCUGAAAGGUCCUAAGGUUAAAGGUGAUGUGGACGUUUCUCUCCCUAAUGUGGAAGGUGAAUUAAAGGGCCCUGAAAUUGACCUCAAAGGUCCCAAAGUGGACAUCGAUGCCCCAGAUGUGGAUGUUCACGGCCCAGACUGGCACCUGAAGAUGCCCAAGGUGAAAAUGCCGAAGUUCAGCAUGCCUGGCUUCAAAGGAGAGGGCCCCGAGGUGGAUGUGAACCUGCCCAAGGCCGACAUUGAUGUCUCAGGACCCAAGGUGGACAUAGACACUCCUGACAUUGACAUUCAUGGUCCAGAAGGGAAACUGAAGGGUCCCAAGUUUAAAAUGCCUGACCUGCAUCUCAAGGCACCCAAGAUCUCCAUGCCUGAAGUUGACCUGAAUCUGAAGGGGCCUAAAGUAAAGGGUGAUGUGGAUGUUUCUCUGCCCAAAGUGGAAGGUGACCUUAAGGGCCCGGAAGUGGACAUCAAGGGCCCCAAAGUGGACAUUGAUGCCCCAGAUGUGGAUGUUCACGGCCCAGACUGGCACCUGAAGAUGCCCAAAGUGAAAAUGCCCAAAUUCAGCAUGCCGGGCUUCAAAGGAGAGGGCCCAGAAGUGGAUGUGGACCUGCCCAAGGCCAACAUUGAUGUCACUGGACCCAAGGUGGACAUAGACACUCCUGACAUUGACAUUCAUGGUCCAGAAGGGAAACUGAAGGGCCCCAAGUUUAAAAUGCCUGACUUGCAUCUCAAGGCACCCAAGAUCUCCAUGCCUGAAGUUGACCUGAAUCUGAAGGGUCCUAAAGUAAAGGGUGAUGUGGAUGUUUCUCUGCCCAAAGUGGAAGGUGACCUCAAAGGCCCCAAAGUGGACAUUGAUGUCCCAGAUGUGGACGUUCAUGGCCCAGACUGGCAUCUGAAGAUGCCCAAAGUGAAAAUGCCCAAAUUCAGCAUGCCGGGCUUCAAAGGAGAGGGCCCAGACGUGGAUGUUACCCUCCCUAAAGCUGACAUUGAUAUUUCUGGCCCCAAAGUGGACAUUGAUGCCCCAGAUGUGAACAUUGAAGGUCCAGAUGCAAAACUGAAGGGCCCCAAGUUCAAGAUGCCUGAGAUGAACAUCAAAGCCCCCAAAAUCUCCAUGCCUGACCUUGACUUUAACCUGAAAGGCCCCAAAAUGAAGGGUGAUGUGGAUGUCUCUCUACCCAAAGUGGAAGGUGACCUCAAGGGCCCUGAAAUUGACAUAAAGGCUCCCAAAUUGGACAUUGAUACUCCUGAUAUCAAUAUUGAAGGUGCAGAAGGAAAAUUGAAGGGGCCCAAAUUUAAGAUGCCUGAGAUGCACAUCAAAGCCCCCAAGAUCUCCAUGCCUGACUUUGACUUAAAUCUGAAAGGGCCAAAGGUAAAGGGUGAUGUGGACCUUUCACUACCUAAGGUGGAAGGUGAUCUGAAAGGACCAGAGGUGGAUAUUGAGGGUCCUGAAGGGAAACUCAGAGGUCCCAAAUUUAAGAUGCCUGAUGUGCAUUUCAAAACUCCACAAAUCUCCAUGAGUGACAUUGAUUUGAACUUGAAAGGACCUAAGGUAAAAGGAGAUUUGGACGUUUCCAUUCCUAAACUGGAAGGAGAUCUGAAAGGUCCCAAAAUGGAUGUUAAAGGCCCUAAGCUGGACAUAGACACUCCUGACAUUGACAUUCAUGGUCCAGAAGGGAAACUGAAGGGCCCCAAGUUUAAAAUGCCUGACUUGCAUCUCAAGGCACCCAAGAUCUCCAUGCCUGAAGUUGACCUGAAUCUGAAGGGUCCUAAAGUAAAGGGCGAUGUGGAUGUUUCUCUGCCCAAAGUGGAAGGUGACUUCAAGGGCCCCAAAGUGGACGUCGAUGUCCCAGAUGUGGACGUUCAUGGCCCAGACUGGCACCUGAAGAUGCCCAAGGUGAAAAUGCCCAAGUUCAGCAUGCCUGGCUUCAAAGGAGAGGGCCCCGAGGUGGACGUGAACCUGCCCAAGGCCGACAUUGCUGUCUCGGGACCCAAAGUGGACAUUGACGUUCCAGAUGUGGAUAUCGAAGGUCCAGAUGCAAAACUGAAAGGCCCUAAGUUCAAGAUGCCAGAGAUGAACAUCAAAGCUCCUAAGAUCUCCAUGCCUGACAUUGACUUAAACCUGAAAAGUCCCAAAGUAAAGGGUGAUGUGGAUGUUUCCCUGCCUGAGGUGGAAGGUGACCUCAAGGGCCCUGGAAUUGAUAUCAAAGGGCCCAAAGUGGACAUUGAUGUCCCAGAUGUGGACGUUCACGGCCCAGACUGGCACCUGAAGAUGCCCAAGGUGAAAAUGCCCAAGUUCAGCAUGCCUGGCUUCAAAGGAGAGGGCCCAGAUGUGGAUGUCCACCUGCCCAAGGCCGACAUUGAUGUCUCAGGACCUAAAGUGGACAUUGACGUUCCAGAUGUGGAUAUCGAAGGCCCAGAUGCAAAACUGAGGGGCCCCAAGUUCAAGAUGCCUGAGGUAAACAUCAAAGCUCCCAAAAUCUCCACGCCAAAAUCAAUCAGCCAUGUUGACCUGGAUUUCAAAGGACCCAAAGUUAAAGGAGAUUUUGAUGUGUCUGUCCCUAAAGUUGAAGGUACUUUCAAAGGUCCAGAAGUAGAUCUUAAAGGUCCAGGUCUGGAUUUUGAAGGCCCUGAUGCCAAACUCAGUGGCCCAAAUUUGAAGAUGCCGUCACUGGAUGUAUCUGCCCCUAAAGUAACUGCUCCUGAUAUUGAUUUGCAUCUCAAAGCACCCAAAAUUGGAGUUUCUGGUCCCAAAUUAGAAGGUGGUGAACUGGACCUCAAGGGCCCCAAAGUUGAUUUAGAAGCUCCAAACUUAGAUAUACACAUGGAGAGCCCAGAUGUUAACAUUGAGGGGCCAGAUGUUAAAAUUCCCAAAUUUAAGAAACCCAAGUUUGGAUUUGGUACAAAAAGCCCUAAAGCUGACUUUAAGUCACCUUCGCUCGAUGUGACUGUUCCUGAGGCAGAGCUGAAUGUUGAGACUCCUGACAUCAGUGUUGGUGGCAAGGGCAAGAAAAGUAAGUUUAAAAUGCCUAAAAUUCACAUGAGUGGUCCUAAAAUUAAGGCCAAGAAACAAGGAUUUGACUUGAAUGCUCCCGGGGGCGAAGUUGAUACCAGUGUCAAGACUCCGGACGUAGAUGUCAGUGUUACUGGGCCGGACGCCGCACUUAAAGUCGAUGUGAAAUCUCCCAAAACCAAGAAACCUAUGUUUGGAAAAAUGUAUUUCCCCGAUGUAGAAUUUGACAUUAAAUCACCUAAAUUUAAAGCUGAGGCCCCCCUCCCCAGCUCCAAAAUGGAAGGUGAAAUCCAGGCACCUGAUCUGGAUAUUGCUUCACCAGGGGUUAACGUGGAAGGUCCUGACAUCAAGCUGAAGGCUCCCAAGUUCAAGGUGGAUGUCUCAACUCCCAAAAUGGAGGGCGACUUGAAAGGCCCCAGGGUGCAAGCAAACUUGAACGCACCUGACAUCAACAUUGAGGGCCCUGAUGCUAAAGUCAAAGCACCAUCAUUUGGCAUUUCUGUCCCUGAAGUCUCCAUCCCUGAUGUGAACGUUAGCUUGAAAGGACCAAAGAUUAAGGGUGAUGUCCCCAGUGUGGGACUGGAAGGAGGAGAUGUAGAUCUGCAAGGUCCAGAAUCGAAAAUCAAGUUUCCCAAGUUUUCGAUGCCUAAGAUCGGCGUCCCUGGUGUGAAAAUGGAGGGCGGGGGAGCUGAGCUCCAGGCCCAGCUGCCCUCACUUGAAGGAGGCUUGAGUGCACCAGAUGUUAAGCUUGAAGGGCCUGAUGUGUCUCUGAAGGGGCCAAAAGUAGACUUGCCUUCAGUGAACCUCUCUAUGCCAAAAGUCUCUGGACCUGACCUCGACCUGAACUUGAAAGGACCAAGUUUGAAGGGCGACCUGGAUGCAUCUGUUCCUAGCAUGAAGGUGCAUGCCCCAGGGUUUAACCUCAGAGGUGUUGGUGGAAAGGUGAAGAUGGAAGGAGAUGGUGUGAAAGUGCCAGGGAUCGAUGCCACAACAACGGUUAAGGUUGGUGUGCCAGAUGUGACCCUGAAAGGACCAAGCCUGCAGGGAGACCUGGCUGUCUCUGGUGACAUCAAGUGCCCUAAAGUAUCAGUAGGUGCUCCUGAUCUAAGUCUGGAGGCACCUGAAGGUGGUUUUAAACUUCCCCAGAUGAAGCUGCCCCAGUUUGGCAUCUCCACCCCAGGGUCUGACUUGGACAUUAGCAUCAAGGGGCCACAAGUGACUGGAGAACUAAAGAGGCCGGGCAUGGAUGUGGGCCUCGGAGGCCUGAAUCUGAAAGGGCCUCAGAUCUCUGGCCCUCAAAUCUCAGCACCAGAUGUGGACUUGAACUUGGAAGGACCAAAAGUAAAAGGGAGCCUCGGGGCCACUGGUGAGAUGAAAGGUCCCUCUAUUGGAGGAAGUCUUCCAGGCAUCAGUGUUCAGGGCCUAGAAGGAAAUCUCCAAAUGCCUGGCAUUAAGUCCUCUGGAUAUGACAUGGAGCUGCAAGGUAUGAAUGUGAAACUCCCCACCGGGCACAUUUCUGGCCCCGAAAUCAAAGGCAAUCUGAAAGGUUCAGGGAUAGGGGUCCACGGUGCCGCUCCUGACAUUAGUGUGAAGGGGCCUUCAUUUAAUAUGGCAUCUCCUGAGUCAGAUUUUGGUGUCAGCUUGAAGGGCCCCCAAAUCAAAGGAGGUGUGGAUGUGUCAGGAGGUGUCAGUGCCCCAGAUAUCAGCCUGGGUGAAGGGCAUGCCAGUGUCAAAGGUUCCGGGGGUGAGUGGAAAGGACCCCAGGUCUCUGCUCUUAACUUGGAUGCACCUAGGUUUGCUGGGGGACUUCAUUUCUCAGGACCAAAGGUAGAAGGAGGUGUGAAAGGAGGCCAGCUUGGACUCCAGGGUCCUGGACUGAGUGUGUCUGGGCCUCAAGGUCACUUGGAAAGCAGAUCUGGAAAGGUAACAUUCCCCAAGAUGAAGAUCCCCAAAUUUACCUUCUCUGGCCGAGAGCUGGUUGGCAGAGAAGUGGGGGUGGAUAUUAACUUCCCUAAAGUGGAGGCCAGUGUCCAGGCUGGUGCUGGAGAGGGUGAGUGGGAAGAGUCCGACGUAAAACUUAAAAAGUCCAAAAUCAAAAUGCCAAAGUUCAAUUUUUCCAAACCUAAAGGGAAAGGUGGUGUCACUGGAUCACCAGAAGCAUCCAUUUCCGGUUCCAAAGGUGACCUGAAGAGCUCAAAAGCCAGCUUAGGCUCUCUGGAAGGAGAGGCAGAGGCUGAAACAUCUUCGCCCAAAGCCAAAUUCUCUUUAUUUAAAAGUAAGAAGCCUCGGCACCGCUCAAAUUCCUUCAGUGAUGAAAGGGAGCUCUCUGCACCUUCUACCCCGACUGGGACUUUGGAGUUUGAUGGUGGGGAAAUGUCGCUGGAAGGUGGAAAAGUCAAAGGGAAACAAGGGAAGCUGAAAUUUGGUACCUUUGGUGGAUUGGGGUCAAAGAGCAAAGGUCAUUAUGAGGUGACUGGGAGUGAUGAUGAGGCAGGCAAGUUACAGGGGAGUGGAGUAUCCCUGGCCUCUAAGAAGUCCCGACUGUCCUCUUCUUCUAGCAAUGACAGUGGGACUAAGGUUGGCAUCCAGCUUCCUGAGGUGGAGCUGGUGGUUUCCACAAAGAAAGAGUAGCAGGCCUUUGUGUACAUAUAUGUAUAAAAAUACUUCAGCCUUGGGUGUGUUUGUAUAUAACCUCCAAAGAGAAACACACCGACAGCCUCAGCAGUAAUGCAAAGAUCUGGCCUCUGCCGGGGGCAAGCGCUGACAAGCCAACCGCCUUUAGGCUCCCAGAGCUUUACAGAUAGGUAAAGAGUUCCAGCCCGUGUGCAAAGUCAACAGUAUUUGCCUUAAGAUUUCAGUUUUUUUGCAUUGAACGCUGAGAGCUCCUGUUUACUAUGCAAGCUUUUGUGUUUAUUAUCCUCAUUUUUACUGAACAUUGUUAGUGUUGGGGUAAUGGAAACCCACUUUUUCAUUGUAAUGACUUUGGGGGGCUUUUGUUAGUAAGGGUGGGAUGGGGUAGAAGGCAGUAGAGGGGGCCAGACCUCCAUAUCUCCAUUUCUCCUAAUAUUGGAACCACUUAAAUAGCAAGCACCCAAAGAUGGCCACAGGGAGCCGGCAGGGCGUGUGGGUAUUUGUAGAACUCUUUAGCAUUGCUUUUUCCCCAGGGGUGGUGGUCCCAGCCAGUGUGGUGCUCAUGGUGAAAAGGAAUUAGAAACUGUUUGCCAAUUGGCCAACCCACUAGCUCAACACAAGGGGCUUCCAUUCUGUGUAUUGUAAGAAAUCUUUUCAUGGCCCCCAUGUUCCUGAUACUAGUUCUGAUUUCUUUUAACAAAUGUUAUUUGUUAAAGAAUUUGAUUAAGAAAAUUUCCCGCACUUUAAUGGCAAGUUAAUUGAGAAUGUAAGAAAAUCCGUGCUGUCAAGGCAAAUAAAGCUGUUUAUUAACCCUGA